AUGGCAGCAUCUGGAUCUUCUUGCACAGAAAAUUCCGUGACGGCGCCACAGGUGGAAGAUGGUGAAGAAUUCAAAGUCCCAGUGUUCUCGUCGUCGUUUGAUUUGCUCUCAAAGUUGCAACGAAAUUGGUACGGCAGGCCCAAACACUAUCGAGCAAUGUAUUCCAGCAUAUUUGGUGGAAUCACAUUGGACCCGGCAAUGAUGGUUAUCCCGAUCGACGACCACAUGGUCCACCGUGGCCAUGGUGUCUUUGACACAGCCAUUAUUCUCAACGGGUAUUUGUACGAGCUCGAUGCCCACCUCGCUCGGUUUUUGCAUUCUGCAUCGAAAGCCAAAAUCGUGCACCCAUAUUCCCAGCCGGCUCUCAAGCGCGUUCUCAUCCAGCUCACGGCCGCCUCCAGCUGCCGGAAGGGCACUCUGAGGUACUGGCUGAGUGUGGGCCCCGGCGACUUCCUCCUGUCUCCGGGGGGAUGCCCGAGCCCGGCAUUCUACGCGGUUGUCAUCGACGAGGACUUCUCACAGUGCCGUGAGGGCGUGAGCGUAAUUACGUCGAAAAUCCCGAUGAAGCCCCCCCUCUUCGCCACAGCGAAGACCGUGAAUUAUCUCCCAAACGCGCUGGCAAAGAUGGAGGCCGAGGAGCGUGGGGCCUACGCGUCGGUGUGGGUCGACGAGGAGGGGUUUGUGGCCGAGGGCCCGAACAUGAAUGUGGCGUUCUUGACGAGCUCGCGGGAGCUCGUGGUGCCGCCGUUUGAGAAGGUGCUGGCAGGGUGCACGGCCCAGAGACUGCUCGAGCUGGCGGGAGGGAUGGUACGGGAAGGACGGCUGACGGGAGUGAGAGUUCGGAAUUUGAGGGUAGAGGAGGCGAAGGGGUCGGCUGAGAUGAUGUUCGUCGGGAGCACGCUGCCCGUGCUGCCGGUUGUCGAGUGGGAUGGCAAGGCUAUUGGGGAUGGUAAGGUGGGAGAGGUGACAAUGGCACUUUCAGAUUUGCUGUGGGAAGACAUGGUUGCUGGGCCUGAAACACAAAGGUGUCCAGUUCCUUACGAGUGA